AUGGCACAAGAUCCUCGCGCCUUAUUGCAAAAGGCCCAGAAGGCCCUCGACGGCGCCGGCAGCGGCUUCAGCUUCUUCGGAGGCCGGGAGGAAAAGUACCAGAAUGCCGCCGACAUGUUCAUGCAAGCCGGCAACGCCUUCAAGAUGCAGAAGCAGAUGGUCGAGGCAGGCCAGGCCUUUGAGCAAGCCGCCAAAAUCCAGACCAACAACCUCAAAGAGCCCGACGACGCGGCGAACACAAACGUCGAUGCAUUUAAAGCGUACCGCCAGGCGGACCCGCAGUCUGCGAUCCGGUGCCUGAACGUCGCGAUCGACCGCUACUGCAGCAAGGGCAACUUUCGACGAGCGGCCGGACACAAGGAGACCUUGGGACAAAUGUGCGAGGAGAACGGCGACGCCAAAGCGGCCCUCGAGGCAUACGAAGCGGCAGCGACAUGGUACGAGGGCGACAAUGCGACAGCACUUGCCAACAAACUGUGGCUCAAGGUUGCCGAAGCCUCGGGGCUGGAGGGCGAGUACUACAAGGCCAUCGAGCAAUUCGAAAAGGUCGCCCAGCAAUCCAUUAAUAACAACCUCAUGAAGUACAGUGUCAAGGAGUACUUCCUCAAGGCGGGCAUCUGCCACCUGGCCAGCGGCGACCUGGUGGCCGCCCAAAGAGCGCUCGAGCGCUACGUCGAGAUGGACCCGCAGUUCGCCAGCCAACGCGAGUACCUAUUGCUCUCCGACCUCACGGCCGCGGUCGAGGCCAAGGACCAGGAUCUCUUCACCGACAAGCUGUUUCAGUACGACCAGGUCAGCAAGCUCGACAAGUGGAAGACGACACUCCUGGUGCGGGUGAAGAACACAAUCGAGAAGAAGGAGGAUUCGGAUGAUGAAUUUGCCUAA